AUGAGGCCGACUUCGUCCAAAGAUAAAAGUCAUCCAGACACAGGUGGGUUUCCUUCACCGCACAAAACAUGUGGGACUAUCACCUACAGUCACCUACAGUCCAUCACCUACAGACACCUACAGUCCAUCACCUACAGACACCUACAGUCCAUCACCUACAGUCACCUACAGUCCAUCACCUACAGUCACCUACAGUCCAUCACCUACAGUCACCUACAGUCCAUAACCUACAGUCACCUACAGUCCAUCACCUACAGUCACCUACAGUCCAUAACCUACAGUCACCUACAGUCCAUCACCUACAGUCACCUACAGUCCAUAACCUACAGUCACCUACAGUCCAUCACCUACAGUCACCUACAGUCCAUAACCUACAGUCACCUACAGUCCAUCACCUACAGUCACCUACAGCUCAUCACCUACAGUCACCUACAGUCACCUAUAGUCCAUCACCUACAGUCCAUCACCUACAGUCACCUACAGUCCACCACCUACAGUCACCUACAGCUCAUCACCUACAGUCACCUACAGUCACCUACAGCUCAUCACCUACAGUCCAUCACCUACAGUCACCUACAGCGCAUCACCUACAGUCACCUACAGCUCAUCACCUACAGUCACCUACAGCUCAUCACCUACAGUCCAUCACCUACAGUCACCUAUAGUCCAUCACCUACAGUCCAUCACCUACAGCCCAUCACCUACAGUCACCUACAGUCCAUCACCUACAGCUCAUCACCUACAGUCCAUCCCCUACAGUCCAUCACCUACAGUCACCUACAGUCCAUCACCUACAGUCACCUACAGUCCAUCACCUACAGUCACCUACAGUCCAUCACCUACAGUCACCUACAGCCCAUCACCUACAGUCACCUACAGUCCAUCACCUACAGUCACCUACAGUCCAUCACCUACAGUCACCUACAGUCCAUCACCUACAGUCACCUACAGUCCAUCACCUACAGUCACCUACAGUCUAUCACCUACAGUCACCUACAGUCCAUCCCCUACAGUCCAUCCCCUACAGUCACCUACAGUCCAUCACCUACAGUCCAUCACCUACAGUCACCUACAGUCCAUCACCUACAGUCACCUACAGUCACCUACAGUCACCAACAGUCCAUCACCUACAGUCACCUACAGCCCAUCACCUACAGUCCAUCACCUACAGUCCAUCACCUACAGUUGUUGUAUUGUUGUAUUUCUUAUUUCACAGACCAAGUCUUACUGGACUCUGAUGACCACAGACAUAUGGAGCAGGCUUAUCCACAGGCAGCCUGA